GUUUGGGUCAAAGGUCGUAUCAGCUCGCGAACGUUUCAAUAUACAGCUGUCAACAGUGUUUACUUAUACGGUUGUUUUGAAGAUCAAAUUAAGGAGUAAAAAUUAAAAUGACAAAUUAAAUGGAAUAAAAUAUUUUUAGAUGGAGUAUACAGUUCGAACGAGGAAGAAAAUGAAGGGCAAAGCUCAAAUGGUAAAGAGAGCAUCAGUGGGGGCGGAGCUUCACCACCUAGAUGAAGACAAAUGUAUAACCACAGAUCCAGGAGAAAACAGUAAAAGACGUACUCUGAAACUUAUAAAGAAACAAAACUCUUGGGGAUUCACGUUACAGACAUAUGGAAUUAAACACAAAAAGACAAAUGAUAUAGAGAUUAUGACAUAUGUAGAUUAUGUAGAGUUUGAUGGAGCGGCCUGGAUUGCUGGUAUGAGACGAGGGGACGUAAUUUUGUCUGUAAAUGGAGAAAAAGUAGGGGAGAUUACUCAUCAACAAUUAGUGAACAAAAUCCGACAGGCUGGAGAUACAUUAAGGUGAAUAUUAUUUUACUUCAUAUUCUAGAACUUUAAGGAUUUGUUGGUUUUUAUU